AUGCAAGUGUCCAAAGUAAUUCUUUGCUGUUGGGCGCGAUCAUUUCUUCGAGAACCCUCUCAAUCUUCUACACUUAAGUUGUGGGCUUGGACACGUUGGGAUUCACGAUGGAAUGCUAUUGAUUUCAUUAUUAAUAAUUUUCCUGCAAUAAUAAAAGCACUUAAUGAUAUUAGUGAAGAAGGUAGUGGUUCAAGAUCAAUCAAUGCAGGUGGAUUAUUAGUUCAUGUAAAAAAAUCAAUUUUCAUCAUUACUUCAUUCAUUCUUCAUCGAUUAUUUGGCUUGAUUAAAGUCUUGAGUGAUCAUUUAAAAAAUUAUGUAUGUGGUGAACAUUUGAUAAUAUCGAUUAUUCAACAAAUACAAGAUCUUCGAAAUGAACAAUCAUUUCAACAAGUUUAUAAUAAACCAAAAAACUUUUGCGAUGUAAAUGGAAUUGAUUUCAUACAACAGUAUCGAUCAUGUCGUUUGACAACAAUUACAGCUAGAUUUGAAGCAUUUAUCAUCAAUUCAACACUUAGACAACGUGAAGUUUUAUCAUCAUCAACAGAUUUUAUGAAUCGAAUCUAUUUUCCUUUGAUUGAUUGCAUGUUAGUAGAGCUAAAUGAUAGAUUUUCAUCAAAAACUUUAUCAUUGAUGAAAAGUAUCUCUACCGUUUAUCCUGAAAGUAGUAAUUUUCUGAAUAUCGACGAUAUAGAAGAGUUUAGUCGUCAUAUGGAUACAGAUCCAAGUGCAUUAAAAAAUAAAUUUAUUGUUAUUAAAUCCAUGCUUCAAUCUAAAACGAUCAAUGACGUGAUUGAAUUUUUAAAUGAAUUACUUCAAUUGUCAAGCGCAUUUCCACAAACGUUACAAAUGAUUAAAAGUGCUACAACAAUGCUAAUCUCUCAAGUUACUUGUGAGAGAUCGUUUUCAAAGAUGAAGAUAGCCAAGAACUAUCUUCGAAAUUCAAUGACCGAUAAACGUUUAAGUGACUUGACAGUACUUGAAGUUGAACGUGAUUUUGACAUCAACUACGAACGAGUGAUAGAUAAAUUUUCAAGCAACCACAAGAACUGCAGAAUUUUAUUGCGUUAAGUUGUAUUUUUAGGUUUUUUUUAAAUAAAAGUAGCUGAUUUGUCUACAUAUAAGUGUGAUUGUUUUAUAUACUCAUACGAACCAAGUACAUUCUUAACGAAACAAAACAUUCGAAAAACGUUCAAUUACGUUUUGACAUUUUGAGAGUUGAGGGACUGAGCCCCCCCCCCCCCCUCCCCUCCCCAGAUGGAAAUUCCUGGCACCGCCCCUACUAAACACUCUACUUACGCGAAUAGUUUUCCUUCACGGCAAAAACAAAAAUAAUCAGUACUCAAUAUUCUUUGCCCAUUUUCCUAGAUAAAUUAACUGGCACAACCUAAAACAAAAGUUUCACUCGGCAGAAAGGUGAACGUCAGAUUUCUAUACUUCAUCAAAUUAUCACGCUAUGGUGAAAUCUUUUCAACAUUGUGAAAACCGAAAAUCGAGCAAAGAGGAAACAAGACAGCAUAAGAUGCUCGCUAAUAAAAUAUUAAACAACACCAUCUAGAAAUGAAUCUCAAACUCGAUCGAGCACAACACGAAAUAUGAUCGCCAUACGAUGUAAAAGAUAAUUCAAUGGAAAAAAUUUUCUACAUUCUGAGAGCGAAUGCAAGUGAAAGUGAGCAAAACUUGCUCACUAUUCAAAUAACUACUAUAGACCAUGUCCAAGCGAAUGUGUGACUCCAUGAA